UUCCUCCCUGAAAAUUUUGUCUAGAUAGAAGAAGAAGAAGAAAAGAUGUGGGAUCUCAAUUGCUCUCCUGAUCACAACGACGACGGUGCUGAUACGCAACAGUUCUGCUUCCCAGUUCUUGAAAUGGGACCCACGCCGGGAGCCGUGGCUGGCAGUGUUGCCGCUGAGCUGAUUGCAUCUUCCUCUUCUUCAUCAUCAGCUCGUUGCUGCAAGUACGAUGUGUUUUUGAGUUUCAGGGGUCCUGACACUCGGAGGGGAAUUACUUCUCAAUUAUAUGAUCAGCUGCAUAACAAGAGAAGAGUUGCAACAUUCAUGGAUGAUCGAGAUCUUGAAGUAGGGGAUGCUAUAUCUCCCACUCUGCUAAAAGCAAUUGAAGAAUCAAGGUUUGCAAUUGUUGUCCUUUCUCCAAACUAUGCCUCUUCUACUUGGUGUUUGGAGGAACUUGCGAAGAUCUGUGAGUGCAUGAAAGACCAGAAAAGAAUUCUUCCACUUUUCUAUAAUGUCGAGCCUACUAAUGUACGGUUCCAGAAGAGGAGUUUCGAAGAAGCUUUCAACGUGCAUGAAAGCUCUGGGCGACACAGAUCAGAGAAGGUGCAGCUGUGGAAGGAUGCUUUGAGCAAAGUGACCAGUUUCUCUGGGUGGGAUUCAAACAAGUACAAAACUGAUACAGAACUUGUGGAGAAAAUUGUGGAUACUGUGUUCAAAAGAAUACAACCUUUUGACGUUGAGUUUACAAUGUCCACCGGAGAUUUCGAAGCGUAUGAAGAAACGAGAAAAUCCAUGGGUGAGGUUAUGAAGGCGCUUAUAGAUGACAACGUCACUGCCAUUGGGGUCUACGGAAUGGGCGGAGUCGGCAAGACAACUCUGGUAAAACAUGUGGCUGCUCAAACCUGCAAAAAUGGGAUUUUUCAUCAUGUGGUUAUGGCUGUUGUAUCCCAAAGCCCCAACAUCGAAAGAAUUCAACACACAUUAUUGGCGAAGCUACAGGGCCCUGACUUCCAGUUACAAGAAAGUGAAAGAGCCUCUAGAUUGUAUAAAGAGAUAAUGAGGAAAACCAAUGUCCUCAUAAUCUUGGAUGACGUUUGGGGGUUUAUAGAUUUGUUACAAAUAGGAAUUCCCAGCUAUGACGAGCUCAAAAAACGCAAUUCCAAAGUCUUACUCACCUCCAGGAGUCGGCAUGUUUGUCAUUCCAUGGGAAGCAAGGAAAAUAUUUAUCUCGAUUUCUUAUCGGAACCAGAUUCUUGGAGCUUGUUUGUCAAGAAAACAAGAAGAUCUUUUGAUACCCCCGAUUUUGAUAGUGUAGCCAGGAAGGUAGCUAGAGAAUGUAGGGGUCUACCGAUUGCCCUGAUAGCUGUUGCAAGGGCUCUUGGAGAUAAAGAUCUGGCGGAAUGGCAAACAGCAGCUCAACAAUUAAAGAAGUCGCGAAAGGCCAACCCUCACCAUGAUGACACAGCUUUCCAAUGUUUGAAAUUAAGCUAUGAUUCCUUGAAAAAUAAGGACUACGAAUCAUGCUUCUUGUUGUGUUGCCUAUUUCCAGAAGACUAUGACAUCUCAAUAGAAGACUUGUUCAAGUAUGCAAUUGGGAAAGGAUUGUUUCGAGACGACAUAAUACAUGAAGCCAGAGCAAUAGCAGAUACAGUGGUCAAGCACCUGAUAGAUGCUAGCUUGCUUUUGGAUGGUGAAUAUGAUGGAGAUGUAAGGAUGCACGAUGUCGUCCGGGAUACAGCCAUGAGAAUUGCAAAAUGUGAAGAUGGACAUGGGUUUUUGGUGAGCGCUGGAUGUGGUCUUAAGGAUUGGCCAUGUCGAUCACAUGAAGACUACCAUGCUAUCUCACUAAUGGCGAAUAACCUUCGCAGUCUGCCCGAUGAGUUGAUAUGUCCAAAACUUCAGAUUUUAUUACUACAAGCGAAUCGGAAUUUGUAUGAGAUCCCAGAGACCUUUUUCCAAAGUCAGAAUGAAUUAAAAGUCUUAGAUCUUAGCCGCACCAACAUUUCAUUGCUGCCCCAAUCAUUCAGUCUCCUGACCAAGCUCCAAGCUCUGCAUCUAGAUUGUUGCCGCAAAGCAGUUGACAUUUCCAUAGUCGGAAAACUUAAGAAGCUUGAGAUUCUUAGUAUGAGACAAUAUCCUCUUACGGAGCUGUCUAGAGAAAUAGGAAAUUUGACCAAUCUAAGGAUGUUGGAUAUCGGUGGCUAUUGUUUUACAUGUCGAGGUAUUGUCACAAUUCCAUCUGAAGUGAUAUCAAAGCUGCAUAGAUUAGAAGAAUUGUACAUGAUGAACUGUGGAUUUGUGAACUGGGAAAGUCCAAUUGAGGGAGAAGGAGAUGAAAUCAAUAUUGGCUUUGGUGAGCUAGCUGGUUUAUCAAAGUUGAAAAUUUUGCAGGUUUCCUUACCUAAUGCAAAAUGCAUCCCUAAAGAUGUCGAGGUCGAACCGGAUUGGAUUUACUUUGAUAUACAUAUUGGGUGCCCAUGCGAGGAAGAUUAUCAGUAUGAUCGUAAAUCAAGAUCCUUGCGUUUUGGUGACAGAACCAUCAGUACCUUACCUGACUGGUUUAUCAAAGCGGUGACAGAGAAAACAGAGAAGCUAGAGUAUGACCGCUGCGAAGGGAUGAGUGACAUUGUUAUGGAAUAUGACCAGAUGAGGUUAGGUAAACUCAAGCAUCUCAGAGUACGUGGGGGGGCUUUUGUGUUCUUGAAAGAGUUGAUGAACACAAAAACAAGACGAGUUGAAACAAGACCCGUGUUUGAGAAUUUGGAAGAGUUGCAUCUGAUAGAACUGAUCCACCUGGAGGAGUUGUGUGUUGGUGAGCUACCACCUGGGUCUCUCUUCAAUCUCAAGGUGUUUCAUGUGUAUUUUGGUAAUUAUUUGAAGAGUGUAUCAGAAUUUGUACGUAGACUACCAAAUCUGGAGAAACUAUAUCUGAAUGUGUUGGGGGAAAUGGAAUAUGUGUUUGGAUGUGAAGGGUGUGAGCCAGAACAAUCAAAACUGAGCGAGAUGCAUUUGUUGUCUCUAGAAGCACUAAGAAGCAUAUGUAAUGGUCCGGCUCCACGUGCAAUGUUCCGGAGUCUUAAAACCUUGAUCGUGUACGAUUGCAAGCUGCUGCAAAGUCUGUUCGCAUCUGAUGUAGCUGAGUGUCUUGUUCAAUUGGAAGACCUUUUUGUAGAGGGGUGUCCUUUGUUGGAAAGAGUAAUGGAAGCAGUGAACAAAGAUAAGACGGUUCUACCAAACCUGAAGAACUUGGUUUUGAAGAAUCUUCCUAUGUUGUAUGGUCCAAGUGCUACUACUGUUGAUAUUGAGUGUCCUUCAUUGGAACGAUUGGUGGUGGUGGAUUGCCCCCAGCUUCCAUUUUCAACCUCUUCCGAUCUCUUUGAAGACUUGGAAAGCCGGAACCAGUUUUCUUUUUCAACCUCCGCUUCUGACUACUUUGGCAGCAGGAACCCAGUCCAACUCAAUGAUCCACAACUGUACGAGUUUUUAUGUCGCAGAUGCGAGAAUGUAACUCCUUCCUAUGAGGAGAUCUACGAGGUAAUGAAGUCUGUGGAUGGGGAGCAUAUGAAAUGGUUCUGCUGAUGUGCAAUGUUUCACACUUAUCAAAGUUUGUUCAUUCAUUACAUCUUUCUGGAAAGAGACUUCACAGCUGAUGCAGUUCUUUAUCGUUUUCACUUGGCAUUCGGGAAAACCCUUUCGUAGGAAGUUGUCAUUUGCUGGAGAGAAUAAUUGAAGGAAGGUAGAAAGCAAGGAAACUGUGAAGAACAACAAGACUGUUCUUCCAACAUUGAAGAACUUUGUUUUAACAUAACUUCCUAUUUGUACUAUGAAAGUGGAGCUGGUAUUAGUUUUGUUCGUCUUUCAUUAGAGCACACGUAUGUAAAGAAGUGCCCCCAGUUACGAUUUUCAGCCUCUGCUAGUCUGCUUCUGUCUUUCAGAGCAGGAACCAAGUUAUGAUCAACAUCUUGAUUUCUAUCGUCAAGUGUUGUGGCUGCUUGCUUCAUUUUGUGGGUUUGCAAACAAGAAAUUGGUACCUUCCCCACAAAAGCCCAUUACAGGCUAUGCCCAAUGGGUUGAGUGACAAGAAACUGGUU